AUGGACCAGAGAGUGGCACCAACCCACAGCCAGAGAAGACCAGCCAUGGAGUUCCAGCAACAACCUACUUUGUUCAGUGAAGGUCAAAGAAAGAAGCAUGGACUACAGCACAGAAGGAAUCAUCCCCAUCGAUCCCAACUUCACUACAAAUUACCACAUCGUUUUGAAUUACCACCUCCUCAAAAUCCAUUUGCUAAAAAGUUUUUCCAUGUUGAUCCACGCAAACCCUAUAGACAUAAGCUUACACAUUCACCUAUUAAAUCCCCCAAAUACCCACAAUAUCCCAGACCACAUAAGUUUCCAGUUAAAAAUAACACCGUGGUCAGCAAUAACACCUCAGGAGCCGUCACCCAAGCCCCAUCUGUGAAUCCCACAUUUGCUCUUGCUCACAAUGCUACCACAACACCUGCAAGAGGAAACGAUGUCCCCACAGGCUCUUCUGUACCCCCCCUGAAGACCACAGCUGCCCCACCUGCACCUUCCCCAGCUCCAUCUGAGACCCCAGCUGCACCACCUUCAUCUUCUCCAGAUCCACCGGAGACCACAGCUGCCCCACCUUCAUCUUCUCCAGAUCCACCGGAGACCACAGCUGCCCCACCUUCAUCUUCUCCAGAUCCACUGGAGACCACAGCUGCCCCACCUUCAUCUUCUCCAGAUCCACCGGAGACCACAGCUGCCCCACCUUCAUCUUCUCCAGAUGCACUGGAGACCACAGCUGCCCCAAUUACCACACCUGAUUCUUCCCCAACUACUCUUGCACCUGAAACAACAGAUACACCCACAACCCAAGCUGCUAAUCCUCAACAAGAGACUUCGUCUUCCGAAGAAGAAAUUUCCCAACUUUUUCUAAGAUUAAAAGAUCUACUGAACCUAAUUUUUUAUUAUAUAGUGAGAUAA